AUUUCAUACAAAAAGGGUCAGACGUAGGUCGAGACAGGGAGCAACCAUCGUCACUCACCACCUUGCCACCAGCUGGUAUCCAAGACAUUCUCCAUCUCGACCUCGAAGCGGAUCCACCUCGACCUCGGACUUUCAGAUCUCCGGAAUCUGGAUAGAAUCGGCCAGUAGAGAGCAUACUUUGGAGACGAUCUCACCUACAUCAUGGUCUCGGUCAAGCUUUCGCUCAUCCCCAACUUUGCGAUCUGGGACCUCCCCCACGAUUAUCCGCCCACCCUGUCGAUCCCUACCGUCGACAAGUCCUCCAUCUUUAGCCGAGCUCCCUUCUCUAUCCCCGAAAACCUCUUCUUCCGAUCUCUGGACUACAAAUGGCCGCUCCUCCUGGCCUCUUCCUACGUUCUCAUCGUCAAGACCUGGAACUAUGUCAAUCGCCAGCGCGGUGGGAAGCCCUGGGCGAUCAGCAAGACGUCCGGUUUCUUUUGGUUCAUGGUCGCCCACAACGUCUUUCUCGCCGUCUACUCGGCUUGGACGUUUGUAGGGAUCGUCGGAGCUGCGAGGAGGAGUUUCGAGAACCCGUUCACCUCGCCAAACGGGUUUAGGGGAACGAUGGAUUCCCUCUGCAGGAUGCAGGGGACUUCUGGAUUGGGCAACGCUGCGAUCUACAACUCGUCCCCGUCGUCUCAAUCUUGGUUCAAGUCUCACCCUCUUACCGCCGGUACUAUUCAGACCGCCGUCAACGCCUACCUCCCCAAACCCGAUCAACUCGGUCGACUCUGGAACGAGGGGCUCGCCUUUUACGGCUGGUGGUUCUACAUCUCCAAGUUCUACGAGUUUAUCGAUACCGCCAUCAUCCUCUUGAAGGGAAAGCAGAGCUCGACCUUGCAGACUUACCAUCAUAUGGGAGCCUGUGGGUGUCUCUUUGUCGGAAUCAAGUACAUGAGCCCUCCUAUCUGGAUCUUCCUCUUCUUCAACAGCUUCAUCCACUCGCUCAUGUACACCUACUACACCGUCACCUCGUUCAACAUCCGCGUGCCCAAGGCGAUCAAGCGAUCCUUGACCACCGCGCAGAUCACCCAAUUCAUCGUCGGCGGCGGCUCUGCCCUGCUCCACCUCUUUGUCUACUACAAGUUCCCCACCUCCACUUCGGCCAUCAAAUCCGCCAUUGGUCUCAAGGACGGCGACGAACCCUGGGUCCCCUGCCUCGACACUAGCGCUCAGGCCUUUGCCGUCUGGUUCAACGUCAUCUACCUCACUCCCCUCACUUACCUCUUUGCGAGGUUCUUUGUCAGGUCUUACCUGAGAUCUUCUUCGACCACGGCUGGAGCCGGACAAGGGAAGAAGAAGGACGUCAGGUCGACCUUGCAAGCGGCGGAGAGGGCUGGCAAGGACGCCGUAGAGGAGUUUGGCAGGGCCGAGGUCUUGGAGAACACCUCGGCUGGGAGGUCAACUGCCAGUGCCGUGGGGGUCAAUGGGAACGGGAAUGGAAACGGAGUCGCCUCGAGGAAAGGAUGGGAGAGGACCAACAAGGUCGUCGACUGAAAGAAGCGAAAAAAGAAACCCCUGGUCGGUGACUGGCCGUCGUGGUAAUUCAUUCCUGGGUUCAUUCGGGAAAUGAGCGCUCGAU